AUGCAUCAGGCAUUUUAUCCAAUUCGUUUGAUACGCGGUACUCAUUAUGAUUUUGAAUGCAUCACCUGUUUUCAAAACUAUCUUCUCAUCGGGACAAAAUCCGGUCAACUCCUUAUCUAUGAGAUCACGUCGUCUGUGUCCAAUCAUCCCGAUGUAUUUAUUCCGAUGAUUUUGGGACAAGACCAAAGCGCACCACACAAACCUCUUGAAUUUACUCUCCCAGUUGACUCACCAACCAAUCAAGCAUUUCCAGCCCUUCCAUCAUUAAAUGUUCGACUGUGUGCUACACACAAUCUCUGCAAGAAACGUGUAUUGCAACUUCAGGCAAUACCCGAAUAUGGCUUUUUCUUAGCCCUUACUGAAUUUCAGCUGACUGCCCAUAAUCUCUCGAAUAGGCAACUUAUUGCUGUGGUUCCAAAUAAUUUAUUGAACCGCUUUAAGAAGCCUUUGGUCUACACUGACGAAAUUCGUUCGCCUUCAAACGGUUACCCGCGGAGAUUGAAUUUAUGUAUAUGUUGUCAGAGAAUCACCACUUCAGCGAAAGUAGCAACUACUCUCAUGAGUCCAUUACCGUACUGUAUGGAUCCUGUUACCUUUGAUGAAAUUGUACUCCCAAAAACCGCUUCAACGAACACCACGUCAGACGAACCUGAUGUUGACAGCACCAAGGAGAAUUGCGGAGAUAAAUGGGUUGUUGGUGCCUCAGCGCCUUUCAUAUUCGCCUCAGACGAAAGUUUUUUCACCCUCAUGCCUGACGAUACGGAUGUCAAAAGUACUCCAACCUUCACAUGGUCGGACAUUGCUCAGUGCAUUCAAGUCUUUCCUCCUUUUCUUCUUGCGGUAAUCAUUAAAGAAUUUCAUCCCUAA